GUUUACAAAAUGCUUCAUCCGGUUUGGGCUAUCAGCUAGCACAGUGGCUGAAGUUUUGUGUUUUUCUAAAUAGUCUGAAAAGUUGUUUUUUAAACGAGUCAUUCAAAAUGUAAUUCUGUUAAUAUUUACUACCAAUAAACACAGCUUUCCCUCGGCGGUUAGCUUGUAGCUGUGCAGCAACAUCAGAUGUUAGUCUGUCAUGAUAUUCGGGCGUAUGCUGUUGAGUCUCAGUUUGCACAGGUCCAGCAGUGUUUGUUUACAGAGACCGAAUGUCGUUAAAAUUUGGAAGCUGCAUUCAUCGUUUACGAACAGUUUUAUUAAAGUAGAUACUUUUCAACCGAAGGUACAGCGAUUUAGAUCUGAGGUUACAGGUCAGACUUGGGUCUGUUUACCAGCUGUGAGUGUAAUGCAACCAGCCAGCUCCUGCUUUGGAGGGGAGGCCAACACGGUUUCCUCUGAUGGUGAAGAUGAUGAUGAGGAGGGUUACAGUGGUGGGGCUGACACCCUGGUGGAAGUGAAGAGUGAAAUGCAACAAGAUAAGAAGAUUUCCACUGAUCUGGUUGAUGUGAUGGAGGUCCAUAGAAGUAAAGCAGAUGCUGAAACCCCUGCAGUGUUCAAAUCAAAUGAAAAGAAAUCAAAGAGGAAAAUUAGGAGAGAAAAGAUGAAGCUGAUAAAGAAGAAGCUGAAAUCAGUCGAGGCGUCGGCCAGCUUAAUGUCUGAGCUUCCAUUUGCACUGACCAGCCCCACCACAUGGAAAGAGCUUGGAUUCCCCACCCUAGAGACAGCUGAGAAGAAGAGGAAGAGAAAGAGAAAGAGAGGAGACAGCGGGGUCCGACUGGACAGUGAGGAGGAUGUUGACCAGAAGAAAAAGAAAAAGAGCCAAAGACCAAACUACUUUGUAUCCAUACCCAUUAAUAACCCUCAGAUUAAGUCACUUAUCAAAGAGGUCCAGGAAGGCAUAAUUCAGCAGGAGCCCCGCCUGGCCAAAGCUAUGAUCCCAGUUCCGACUCUUCACAUCACACUACUGGUCACUCAUCUGGCCAGUCAGGAGCAAGUGGAGCUGGCGGCUGCCGUGUUGGCUCAGGUUGAGCCAUCAGUGGCUGAGCUGCUGGGUGGGCGGGACCUGGUUCUGCCCUUCUCAGGAAUCCGUCAUUUCAGGAAGGAGGUAGUGUUUGUUGGACUGAACGACGGAGAACACAGACACACACUGGACAGCCUUGCAGAGCUGUUGCGGAGGCGUUUUGAGGAGCAAGAUCUCCUACAGGGAGACUGCCGUGACUUUGAACCCCACCUCACCAUCAUGAAACUGUCGAGGGCGUCAAAACUACGAUUUCAGGGAAUAAAGCGAGUGGAACCAGACCUUUACUCUGACUACAAAAACAAAUUUUUUGGAAACCAGACAGUGGAGCGUUUGGAUUUGUGUUCCAUGUUAAAAAAGAAGCAGCCAGACGGAUAUUACCACACUGACACUUCACUACAGCUGGAGCUCACUCAGAGUCCGAUCCAUUCCAAGCGCUCAAGUGGACGUCGCCGCUCAGAGCCUGACGAGGCUGAGCUGCUGAGGGUCAGCAGGAGAUUGGUGGAGGAUGCUGUCAGCCGGGCUUUGCAACAAUAUAAACAGGAAACACUUCAAAACGGGGGCGGGCCCAACGCCGCCGCGGUCCAGCCGCCUGGAAAUACAGCGGAGACGAAGACGGACACUACAGCUAACUCCUCCACGGACAACCGGAAGUGACAGCUUUGAACAGACACACAGACUUUCAACAACCAAACGGCCCAGAAAGCAUCAGUCGGCCUGGCUGAGGAGGGGGAGGAGUCAAUAAGACCUUCGCUCAACAGCACGCCCCCCCACCUGCGCUAGCUGGGCAAAGUGCUGAAUAAUUAGUUAUUAUAGCUUCACUUCUGUGCUUGGUAACACCUAAUUCUCCGUUAUCCAGACCUGGACGUAUGUCCUGGAAAUAUAUGAAGCGUUCCUCUAAACAUGUGCUUCACUAUGAGCUGCCGAAACACACACUGCCCAUUCAGAGUAGAGGUGGUUAUAUUUUGUAGAAGAGCUUGGUUAGCCUUCAGCUGCACUUAACAUGAGCUCAGUAAUGUCCUUAAAAUCAGCUGCAGGUGCGGACCUUUGUUUGAAUGCUCUUAUCCUCGAUGAAUCAUCUGCUCAUCACUGUGUGGCCUGAGCUGCUCUGACUCACCGAGGCGGAUUCUUCCACCUUGAUUCCUGGUUCAGAGUGUCGGACUUUUGUCCUUAAAAGCUUUUGUUAACCGGAUGUUCGUCUUCAGGACAUGGAUUUCCUUUAACCUUCCAGCAUUUUAUCUCUUUUUUUUUUUUUUUCAGAUGUCUGCCUCCAGCAGGUCAAGUGUUGCAUUAGCUGCGCGUCCCUCUCUGAGACAAUCAAACGCCGCCACUCCUGAUCGCAGGUUUUAAAGCCGGGCUGGACUCCAGCGUUCGGCCCACAAACAGCCUUCUUCCACGCAGUGCUUUAGAAUAACAGAUUACUACCAAUAACACUAACUCCACAGAGUCCAGGAGGGAUGGAGGCGGAUUGAAUGCUAGAAAAUAAUACAAUGACUUGUUGCCAAGAACACAUCGUACUUGAUUGAUGCCAAAACUGACACCAUUGUAUUGUUUUCCUCUCUAUUGUCUGGUUUUUUUUUUUUUUUUUUUGAAAGUGUGAAAUGACUUUUAAAGACCUUUUAAAACCUGAGGCAAACUGUCGGUCAGAGACACGCUGGAGUCUGGCUGUUUGAGGCUCCUUGUUUUUCUGUUUUUGAAUCCGGAUGUGCUGUUAGACAAAAGCUCGUAGUUUCCUUCCUUUAAGAAGUUUUUUAUUUUAUUUUCUUGCGUUGUUUGUGGCAGUUUGUUGAACUAAUUCAUGCCAUUGAAAAAUAAAUACAUAGUUGGAUGAAAUCAAAGGAGAUUGGAUUUUCCAGAAGGCUUGUUGAGGUUAUAAAUAGUGAAGGAUGAUACAAAGAUAAACAGAUUAAUUUAUAUUUGCCUCAGUACUGAAGCUGAAUCUGUUCUCUGAUUGUGAAAUAUGUUGUUCAAAGUAUAUAUCUAUUUAAGUUAAUUAUCUAACAGUGUGAUUUGAUUUUUGAAAUCCUUAAAAGCACAAAUUUUUCUUUUAGCUGUUUUUGAUUGCAGAUUUGAUGAGGAACUAUAUGCUGUUAGAUUCACCUCACCUUUGCUCAAAGUGGCCUUCCGUCACUGAAACAACUUUUUUGUGAUUAUAGUUUUGUCACUUGGCGUGGUAAUCUGUAGGAGACAUUUUUAACCGGGGUGAAGAGAUCUCCUAACUGUCAACCUUUGGGUAAAGAUUUUGUAGUAAAAUGAAAAGAAAAAAAAAUUUGUGCUAUUUUUAAGUUUUUUCUCUUCUGAUGCGGACGGCUUUGAGCUGUAAAACCAACCGUCACUGUGGGCAGCAGCUAACCUAGUCUUAUUGUGGACUUUUUAAGGCUUUUUUGUUGUUGGUUUUGAUCUUUUGCUGUCACCGGAUCCUUAAAUCUCCACGAUAAAUCCCCUUUAAUACACAAGUCGUCCGGUUGGCCUCUCUGACCGUUCAUCUGUCUGUGAGUUUGCGAGUGUAACUGUGUGUUUUUCGCUCAGAUUGUUUCCACAGGGUGUUUGAUCAGCGGAUUUCCUCAGAAAUUCCUCUCUAUAUCUAUCAUGACAGCAUUUGGUGGUGUGUGAGCAACGAAUGAGCCUUUUGUUUGUCUUUCCAUGUAUCCACAUGUAUGUUGGGUCAUGUGAGCAUGUGCUCUUUGUACCGUGUGUGGUGUAUUUUGUUCUGCCAUGUCCGAACAAUAAAUCAGGAUAUGAGAUUUAAAACCAA